AUGAUUUUAAUUGAAAAUUUCAAAUUAUAUUUGACUUUGCCAAUAAUCGGACAAUUAUCUGGUCUUUCGUUUAAUCAACCAAAGUUUUGUCCAGAACCAACUUGGAACUCCAACGGAACUAUUUUUAUAGCAAAUAAUACAAUCAAGGGUUAUCCAGAUUCUAUAUUUGUUACAACCAAUAAUUCAAUUUAUGUUGUUGCUCAAGCAAUACCUCAGAUUUAUAUUUGGUUGAACAAUUCUGUUAAUUCAACCAUAACAACAACAGACACCGUCCCAUUUCCGAAAACAAUAUUUGUUCAAAAUGAUAAUGAACUUUAUAUUGAACGUGGAACUUUCAACAAACGUACCGUCGAAAAAUGGAUAUUAAAUAGAAAUAAUAGUACUCCUGUCAUGAAUAUCCCUGCACCAUGCUAUAAUAUUUUCAUUGAUACCAGUAACAACUUAUACUGUUCACUUGAUCUAGAACAUAAAGUUGUAAAGAAUUCAUUGGAUGACGACGAUACAACACCGAUCAUUGUAGCUGGAACUGGACUUUCUGGUCCAGCUUCGAAUAACUUGAUUUUACCAAGUGGACUUUUUGUUGAUGCUAGUCUUAAUUUAUAUGUAGCUGAUUAUGGAAACCACCGUGUUCAAAUGUUUCCACCAGGAGAAUUGCAUGGAAUUACUGUUUCAGGUGAUAGAUCAAUAAAUACUACCAUUGGUCUUACAUAUCCAACAGGUAUCACGAUGGAUGGUGAUGGUUAUUUAUAUAUUGUUGAUUAUUAUAAACAUCGCAUUGUUCGAGGAAAAUCAGAUGAUUUUCGAUGUAUACUUGGAUGUCGUACUACUAUCGAUAUAGCAGCGAAUCAAUUAUUGGAACCACGUCAUAUGGCUUUUGAUAGUUAUGGAAAUAUUUAUGUUGUUGAUAGGAAUAAUCAACGAGUUCAAAAAUUUUCUUAUGAAAAACUUUCAUGUGAACCAAGGACAACGAUAACACAUACAACAAGUACACCUGUGAUAUCACAUUCAACAAAGACUUUGGCUGAAUAUUUAAUUCAAUGCUUAAUGUUUUUGAUGCUUUAUAUUUAA